AUGGCGGCGCCCAAGCCCAUCUGGGUCCGCCAGGCGGAGGAGGCCAAGCUCAAGUCCGAGGCCGACACCGCCGCCGCCGCCAAGGCCGCCUUCGACGCCACCUUCAGGGCCCUCUCCGCGUCCGACCAGCCCCAGGACGGCGACCUGGACCACCACCACCUCGAGUACAAGCCUUCCUCCCCCGCUGAGCAAGCCUUCGACCGCGACGCCGACUCCGACGACGACGACGACGACCGCCCCCGCGCCCCUCCCGGCCCCGUCGACUCCUCCAAGUCCUCCGCCGCCGGCCCUGGCAUCGCCGGUGGCUCUGCUGGCGCCCCGGCCACCUUCACCGUCGUCGGGAAGGACCGCGACGGGCGCAGGGUCUCCACCGGCGGCGCGCGCGUCCGCGUCCGCAUCUCCCCCGCCGCCGGCGUCGGCGGCGACGACCUCGAUGGCGUCGUCAAGGACAACGGCGAAGGGUCCUACGCCGUCACCUACGCGGUCCCCAAGCGCGGCAACUACAUGGUCCAUGUCGACCUCGACGGCUCGCCCAUCAUGGGGAGCCCCUUCCCCGUCUUCUUCAGCGCAGCAACCGCUGCCACCACUACGUUCCCCACCACGCUCCCGGCCGCCUCAUCAGCCUACCCCAAUAUGGUCAACCAGACCAUGCCCAACAUGCCGAACUACGCAGGCUCCAUGCCCGGUUCUUUCCCCAGCUUGCUCGGCCUCAUCCCUGGCGCCUCUACUGGCUCCUCUGGUGGAGUCGUCCUGCCCGGGGUUGGCGCCUCGCUGGGGGAGAUUUGCCGGGAACACAUCAAUGGGAAGUGCACGAAGGGAACGGACUGCAAGUUCAGCCACCCGCCGCAGCAGCUGCUCAUGUCUGUCAUGGCUGCUACUUCAUCUGUGGGUGCGCUCAGCCAUGCUCCCAUGGCACCCUCUGCCGCAGCCAUGGCAGCUGCUCAGGCCAUCAUGGCUGCCCAGGCACUUCAGGCACACGCUGCUGCGCAGAUGCAAGCUGAUUCCAAAGCCGCCGCACAGUCUACAGGUUCGGUGGAUAAAGCUGAGGCACUGAAGAAAAUGGUGCAGAUUAGCAACCUGAGCCUGCUUCUUACGGUGGAACAUCUUAAGCAGCUAUUUGGGUACUGUGGCAAAGUUGUUGAUUGUACCAUCACAGAGACAAAGCAAACUGCUUAUGUAGAGUACUCCAAACCCGAAGAAGCAACUGCGGCAUUGGCGCUCAAUAACAUGGAUGUCGGUGGUCGACCCUUGAACGUGGAGAUGGCUAAAACUCUCCCUCCAAAGACUAAUCUGGCAAAUAGUAAUUUGCCUAUGAUGAUGCAGCAAGCCGUUCAGUUGCAACAGAUGCAAUUCCAGCAGGCACUGAUGAUGCAGCAGUCAAUAGCAACUCAACAGGCAGCUGCACGUGCUGCCACUAUGAAAUCUGCCACUGAAGCAGCAGCAGCAAGGGCUGCUGAGAUAAGCAGGAAGUUGAAAGCAGAGGGCUUUGGCGGGGAAAAUGUGGAAGAAAAUGAUGCCAAAGGGAAGUCGAGGUCACCAUCACCCCCUUCUCGUAGAUCCAAAUCUCGGUCAAGAUCACCUAUCAAGUACCGUCGGAGUAGGCGGGACCACUCCUACUCUCCCCCUGUUAGACGCUCCCGGGAGCACCGAUCGCGGUCUCCGUCAAGAUCUCACCACUCGAAGUAUGGCAGCGAACGAUCACAUAGGGAUGACAGCGACAAGUACAGCCGGUCUAGGAGAAGAGAGACUGACCGUUCUCGUGAUCAUUAUUCCUCUAGUUCAAGGAGGAACAGGAGCAAAAGUAUAAGUCCGAGGUAUAAGAAGUCAUCAAGAGCUGAUUCUCGCUCACCAAAGCGGCACAGGGAAGAAGAAAGUUUAAGAUCAUCAAAAUCAAGAAGGUCAGCUCGUGCUGGUUCAAGGUCACCGCGACAUCAUAAAGGAAGCAAAUCAUCACCAACACGUGACCAUCACUCUUCUCGUCGUAGCAGGCAUUCAAGAUCCAGAUCUCAAGAGAGAAAACAUCGUAGCAGUGAUAAAAAGGAUGACAAAAAAUCUGAGAUGCAUGAUGACAAGAAAAGGUCUGUUAGAGGUAAUAGAGGUAGCAAAGAUGAAAGAUCUGCAAAGGAACCAGUGGAAGAUAAGAAUGCGGACACUUCUGUUGUUGCUCAUAAAAGGAGUUCAUCAGUAUCUGAAGAUGAAAUGCCGAAUACUGAGAAUGGUCGUCAUAAGAAGUCUAGACAUGAUGCUGCUUUGGAGGAUGAUAAGAGGAAGAAUGAAGAGUCUAACUUGUCUGACAUUAAUGGACAACACGGACCUAAAGGAGAUGAUGCUUUAGGGGGCAACAAAGAAACUGCUAUGUGAUAUUAACAAUGUUUACCUGAGCUGCCAUGUCAUUCAGCUAGCUGAUUGCGGAAUCUACUCAAUUGAUGGAUGCAUAGCUGAACUGGUGUUUGUUAUCUCCUUUCUGAUUUAGGAGUUUUAUUUGCAGGAUAUGAAGAUCUUUGGAGAACUUGAGUGCCGACAAGAGUGUUCUUCUGAUCUAUAAAAUGUAUUUCUCAUCAACUUAACUGGUGAAGAUUUGCUUCUUGGAGCAAACUUCUAAAUGUAACACUGGAGCUUGUAAGGUGAUUUAGUACAGUGAGGUCAAAACCAACCAUAUAUUUGUCGUUGCAGGCUCUUGAUUCCGUGAAGAGUAGGAGCUCAUUCUGUGGUGUCGAUUGAAGAUUCAAGGGAGUGCGCGCUUAUCCAUUCUCAAGUAAAGUCCAUUAUAAAAGACUAUAAACACCUUCUAUUCUAGGCUAUGUUACAUUUCAGUUGGCAUGCUUUGGCUGGUGCAAUGAUCCAAAGAUGUUUCUCUACAUACUGAGUUAACUUGCUUCAAGUACUGUAUUUUUUUGGGCGUAUGAUUCUCAUCAUGCGUGUUCUGUAUCAGUAAUGGUAAAAAGUUCAGUUGGCUUAAUAGAUCCCUAUGUUGAAAAUGGUCUUAACAAUCUUUUACUUUGAUGAAUAUAGAUGAGUGCUGCAGAAUAUACUGUGGUUACCUUGUCUGCUGCUCAAUUCGUCUACAUAAAAUUAAUGUUUGUGCCAUGUCAUUCAUUAUCUUCUUUUCCUUUCCUUGUUUUCUUCCUUGUCUUCUUUGCUGAGUAACAGGGAUCCGGUUGAGAAGCCAGUGUAAGUGAGGCAAUUAUGGAAAAAGUCCAGGGGUGUUCCCUUGAUAGUUCCCAAGAUAAGCAGCGUGUCUUCAAAUAUUAACAUUCCUUGUAUCUUGUUUUCGCUGUUUUGUAUGUUUGUCCGUUUAGUAAGCUAUACCUCUGCAAAGAGAUACUUUUUGCCAGUUGCUUCUUACCUGCUGUGGUUGGUGCUGUGUUUGGAAAAACAUGUGCAGGUUUUUUGAAAGCUGAUUGCCGUUGGAGCAUGUUUUGAGAGGGGGGAGUCAGCUACACUAACUUUUAAAGCUGCUUGUGUGUAGAAGAGGUAAGGGGUUUAAGCUAUAUGAAAGUUGGCAAGAGUUAACACCAGAAAUACUGUCUCCGCUGGACUGUGCUAUUGAUUAAAAAAAAAUCUUGACAUUAGUUUCUCAAUAAGUUAGUGUGUUAGCAUUUCAGUGUUUUGGUUGUAUUGUAUCUUAAGAAGUCGCAGUAGUUAUCCUUGUUCUGGCCUUUUAUUGCUUUGUCUUGACCACUGUUAGGUGCUAAACUGAUGGAGAUGACAAGGUGUCUUAGGAGUCACGGAUUGGUAGGUUGGUAUUUUUGGUGUCACUGGACGGUGGUGUUCUUUUAGAACAAAAUUGGUCGGUGGAGUUUUUUUAGAACAAAUUGGUCGGUGGAGUUGAACUAGAGGUAGAUGACAAGAUGAGCAAAUGAAGUACUCCUUUGAUCCAUAUUAAUUGGCUCAAAUUUUGCCCAAAUAUGGAUGUAUCUAUGCCUAGAUACAUGUAAUAUUUUGACAAUUAAUAUGGAUCGAGUAGCAGUAUCAAGGUGUUGUUUGGAUCUGACGAGUUAAUGGGUUCCUUGUAUGAAUUACUAGUAUUUGGUAGCCAUUUGGUUUCAGAUGCUGCGAUUUUGAUCAACAUUUGGUCCUGAGGUGACACAGUGAUAGCAAACCAAUGGCGCCGGACGAUUGGAGCAUCGCAACGACAAUAGCAAAUUCUUCUCUUUCAAUCCAUCGGAGGGCACUAAGUAGAGGCUGCCUUUGUUUCCGGUCGUCCUUAUCAUAGUCCUUUGUUAAUUUCUCACGAGGGAAAUGGUACGUACGCCUAUAGUUUAGUGUUAGUUUAGAGGCGGCUACAAGAGCCCACAAAGAUAAUAACCAAGUUGGUACCGGAUCCGAUUGAUGUACAUGCAACCAUAGGAAAUUAACGGCGAGAAUCAAAUCUGUGUAUACAAACAUGUCCGCAUCUUAUCAAGUGUUCUUUUUCUGUA